AUGCCACCUAAGAAGGACGAGGCAGCGCCAGUGAAAAAGAAAAAGGAACCACCAAAGGAGCUUUGUGGCUGCGGCGUCGACACUUAUCGCCCACCACCAAAGGGGAAGAAAAAGAAGAACCAGCUUCCCAUCGAGCACGCACCCGGUUGCCCUUACCAACGAACUGUAUGCACCGCCUAUCCCUAUCUGCCCCUCUGUUCCGUUUGCCUCAAUCCCUGUAAGUAUUGCUUGGGAACUAAUAGGUGGUGCCCUCACUGCUAUGAGAAGCGCUGCAUCAAUGUGUAUAAGCGGGUUGUUCAUGGCCACGAACGGCUGGAUCCGCAACGAAGCGCUUCUACUUUGGGCAUGGUCCCUGACCCCAGCGUCGGUAUGCUGGACUCACGAAGCCGACCUCCGAAGUCUUCAUCUCCGCGUGAACUGAGGGCAGACAGAUCUUCGUGA